AUGUCAGCAUACCACGGCUCUCUCGCAGCUAUCUCCUCAUACCUUCAUCGAAUUCCCUCCCCUCGCCUCACCAUUGCCCUUAGUCUGUUUCUAAGCUAUCUCCUCCUCGUCUCCACUCUCCGCUUCCAGCGCGUCCGCCAACUCCGCCGCCAGUACCCUCACUAUGCCACCCGAGCAUCCAUGGCCCAGAUGACCGACCAUGACGCCUGGGCCAUUCAGAAAAACAUCGUGCAGCUCGAGUUCCCUACCACAGCCAUCAAGGCGCUACAGUUCGCACUGUUCCGGACCUACGGCAUCCCCACCAUCUCGUCGCUGCUACUCCAAACCUCCCAGUUCUCCAAUACGACCACAUCCUUCAAACGCUAUGCAGAUACCGGCGCCCUCAUUGGCCAAUUCGUGACCUACCCUCCCACCGCCCCCCGUGCCCGCACCGCCAUUGCCCGUACUAAAUUCCUCCACGCCGGAUACCGCGCCAGCGGCAAGAUCCUCGAGUCGGAUAUGCUUUAUACGCUGAGCUUAUUCGCGACGGAGCCAAUCCGCUUUGUGCAACGGUUUGAGUGGAGGGAGAUGACGGAGUUGGAACAGUGUGCUAUCGGCACGUACUGGAAGAGUCUAGGCGAUGCCUUGGGAAUUGACUACCAUGUGUUACCCUCAGGUGACAAAGGAUUCCGGGAUGGGUUGCAUUUCUUGGAGGAGAUACGGGAGUGGAGUGCAAAGUAUGAAAUGGAGAAGAUGAGGCCGGAUCCGAGCAAUCGCCUCGUUGCCGACAAGACCAUGGAUGUUAUUGUCUAUGGGUUUCCAGCUUGGGUGAGAGGCGUCGCGGUUGGGUUGGCCACUUGUGUGAUGGAUGAUAGGUUGCGCGAAGCAAUGAUGUAUGACGUGCCACCCGUGCCGCAUCAGAAAAUCUUUGCGGGAAUUGUCGCCAUCCGGAGAUUUGUUCUACGAUAUCUCGCGCUCCCUCGUCCGGAAUUUCUCCGACUCGAGGUCUUCAGCACAGCUCCCAAUGAAGAAGGUCGGUAUUAUGUCCGGGUUUGGAAGGGAAUGCCAUAUUACGUGCAGCCAACGGUGUGGAACCGAUGGGGCCCGGCGGGGUGGUUGACCUGGGCCCUCGGGCUGCCACUUCCCGGCGACAAGGGCGACACUUUCUACCCCCAGGGAUUUAAUCUGGCAGACCUGGGACCGAGGUACUUUGAAGGGAGGGGCCGCAUGUCCGUGCGAGAGAUUGAGGAUGUGUUGGACAAGGAACGCAGGGGACAAUGCCCAUUUGGCGAGAGCCAAGGCCGCCGCCAUCCGGAUGGCAUGGACGCGUGGAUCCUAGGCGCCGGCAUCACUUCGCUUACGGCAGCCGUCCAUCUCAUUCAAGAGGCACAAUUACCCCCUGAGCGCAUCCACAUCCUCGAAACCCUUAGCCAGGCCGGCGGCGGGACCGUCAGUGCUGGCGAUCAUGUGAAUGGCUACGACUACCGCGCCGGGGGGAUGCCCCCAUUUAACGACGUCUGCAUGGAAGAGCUUGUCGAAUUGGUCCCUUCCAAGACCAAUCCAGACCAGACCGUGUUAGCGGAGCUCAACGAGUACUGGGCCACCCAUGCUGUUCAUGAUACACCGCACACGCGCUUCCUAACCCGCCACAAGUCCGGCGUCGAUCGUAUCAGUGCCAAGGAAGCGAGUGUGGGCCUGCGCGACCGCGUGGACCUGUUCAUGAUGUCCUCGAAAGCGGAAAAUGCCGCCGAAUUCCGGCGCUAUCUACAGCAUUAUAUGCAUGACAUUCAUGAACUCAACGGGUGUCGACGGCUGGAUGGUGGGCGCUUCAAUCGACACGAGUCCAUUGUCUCGCCGAUUGCGCAGUUUCUGAGCUCUCAAGGGGUUGACUUUCGCUUCCACACUACCGUCACCGAUAUCAUCACUUCACCGUCCAGUAGUGAACCGCAUCGCGUCUCUGCCAUCAAAGCUAUUCACGAAAACGAACCCGAGCACACGAUAUCCUUGGGCGAAUGGGAUAUAGUGCUCGUCUCAUUAGGCUCCGUCAUGUCCGGCACCACCACCGGGACCAACACAUCUCCACCAUCGCUGGAGCUGAUGGAGAUUGAAAAGGACCUGGACGAGAAUUGGCUCUUGUGGCUGGAGCUCUCGACGAAGAAUCCCAUCUUCGGAAAUGCCUACAACUUCUGCACGCGAAUGUGCGAAUCCCGGCUCGAAUCCUUCACCGUUACUCUGUCGACCCCCGACUUUUUCAAUCGAUUCAUCGCCCUCACCAAGGACCAACCUGGUAGCAGCACAUUUGUCACCCUCAAAGACACCCCCUGGCUGAUUAGCCUCAGUCUCCCCCAGCAACCCUUAUUCCCGGACCAACCCUCCAACAUCCAAGUCCUCUGGGGCUACGCCAUGUAUCCCGACCGAGACGGCGAAUUCAUCAAGAAACCGAUGCUCGAAUGGAUCCUCGACCACUCGAUCACCAUUCCGUGCGUGGUGCCGCGCAUGGCGGCCACCCUCUUGCCCCGCACGGGUGGGGAUCGGCCGCGGGUGAUUCCUCCGGGGAUCGACAAUCUGGGGCUGAUCGGCCAAUUUGUGGAGAUUCCGAGCGAGGUGGCGGUGACGAUGGAUUAUGGGGUGCGGGGGGCGCAAAUGGCCGUGCGGCAGUUGAUGGGACUGGAUAUGCGGAAACCGUCGUCGAAGCGCAGUUCGGCGAUUAAUUUGUUGGGACUGUAA